AGUUCAUUGAGAUGUGUUUGUGUCCAUAUGAAGUCCUGUGUACAGGUUACAGAUUAUGACAGCUCCCUGCUCUCAAAAAAAAUCCUUUAAUCGCUCCCGGACGCUGCUCAGUCUGCGCAUGCGUGCACCCUUACCCAGCAGGUAAACUCCACCAUGGCGGCGCGAGGCCAUGUGCAGGAUCCCAACGACCGGAGACUGAGGCCGAUAUACGAUUACCUGGACAAUGGCAACAAUAAAAUGGCGAUACAGCAAGCAGACAAGCUGCUGAAGAAACACAAGGACCUGCACUGUGCCAAGGUCCUCAAGGCCAUCGGUCUCCAGAGGACCGGGAAGCAGGAUGAAGCGUUCACUCUGGCGCAGGAAGUCGCCACGCUCGAGCCCACCGACGACAACUCUCUGCAGGCUCUGACGAUAUUAUACAGAGAGAUGCAUCGUCCUGAAUUGGUCACUAAGCUUUAUGAAGCUGCGGUGAAGAAGGUUCCUCUCAGCGAGGAGUAUCACUCUCACCUCUUCAUGGCGUACGCUCGUGUCGGGGAGUACAAGAAGAUGCAGCAGGCAGGAAUGGCUCUCUACAAAAUCGUCCCCAAGAACCCGUAUUACUUCUGGUCUGUCAUGAGUCUGGUGAUGCAGGCCAUCUCAGCACAAGAUGAAAAGCUGGCCCAGACGAUGUUCCUUCCUCUGGCUGAACGGAUGGUGGAGAAAAUGGUCAAAGAGGAGAAGAUUGAAGCGGAAGCAGAGGUGCAGCUGUAUUUUAUGAUCCUUGAACGUUUGGGGAAAUGUGUGGAGGCUCUCGACGUGAUCCGAGGCCCGCUCGGGGAGAAGCUGACCAGUGAGCUUCAGAGCAGAGAGAGCAAGUGUAUGAUGCUCUACCAGAGACUACAGCGCUGGCCCGAGUGUAACGCCUUAGCUCACAAGCUGCUCCUCAAGAAUCCUGAUGAUUGGCAGUUUUACCCCGCCUACUUUGACUCUCUCUUCCACCUGAUCGAUCAGUCGUGGAGCGCCCCGGAGGAAGGCGAACACUGUUCGGAGGGCUCGGUUCAUCACACGGUGGCUGAAGUGGUGAGGUUCGUGGAGGACAGAAUCAAAGGGGAAGAGGGCAAAGAGUCUCGCUCGCUCAGAGGUCCAUUUUUAGCUCGACUUGAAUUAAUCCACAGACUGAGGGAACGAGGAUGUCCUGAAGAAAGCCAGCUCGGUGAUCCUUUAGAGCUGAUGGUACAGUUCUUUGGGAAGUUUGGAGACAAACCCUGCUGCAUCACCGACCUAAAAAUCUACCUGCACCUCCUCCCUGCUGAUGAACAUGUUCAGUUCAUUAACCGUCUGAGCGAGGCGGUUCCUCUGGGCGAGCAGGGCGACGACGGUUUCGCGUUCCCAGACGACACCAGGGCGCUGCAGAGGCAUCUGUGUGUGUGUCAGCUGAGUCGAGCCCUCGGCCUGCACCACUCUCUGGACGCGGAGGGAAAACUGAGGCUCAUCACCGAGCUCAAGGCUCACUAUCGUCACGGACUCAAGUUUGGAAAGACGGCCCUGAAGACGGAGCUGCAGUUCUCUGACAUGUAUUGUCUCAUGGUGGCUCACGUGUACGUCGACCUGUGGAAGGAGACCGGAGAUGAAAACAUGGUCUGGCAGGGUCUGGGCGUCCUGCAGGAGGGUCUGUCUCACAGUCCCUCCAACGCUCAGUUCAAGCUGUUGCUGCUGCUGCUCUUCUGUCACCUGGGAGCCUUUGAGCCUGUGGUGGACCUUUACUCCAGCCUGGACGCCAAGCAUGUCCAGCACGACACCAUAGGGUUUCUUCUAACACGCUACGCUGAGUCGUUGGGUCAGUUCGCUGCAGCCUCCCAGUCCUGUAACUUCUCCCUCAGGUUUUUCCACUCCAACCAGAAAGAUACCUCAGAGUACAUCAUCCAGGCGUACAAGUACGGCGCCUUCGAGAAAAUCCCCGAGUUCAUCGCUCUCAGGAACAGGUUGAACCAGUCGCUGCACUUUGCUCAGGUCCGCACUGAGAGGAUGCUGCUGGAUCUGUUCCUCGAGGCCGACAUAGUGCUGAGUCUGGAGGAGAGCGUGAAGGCCAUGUCUCUGACGGCAGAGGAGGACGACAUCCCGUGGGACAACAUGAGGGACAACAGAGACCUGACUGUUUUUACCAGCUGGGACCCGAAAGACAGACACUUAACUGAGGAGCACAGGCGUCAGUCUCUGGAGGAGGAGACGGUCUGGCUGAGGAUACGCUCUCUCACACUCCGCCUCCUCGCCGCUCUGGCCUCUCUGGGACACACGCCAUCGCAACAGAACUCCGAGGUAUCGAACGGAGUCGCGGACAAGACGUCGAUCAUCAGCAGCCUGCUCGCACAGCUCAACCAGACGCUGCAGGCGGGAGCGCAGUUAGCAGACAAACAAGUACAGUUUCCAUUCCUGGGUCCCCCCUCCACCCGCCUGGCUUCAGCUCUGUCCAGUGGCAGCUGUCAGUGUCAGGCUGCAGCCUUCCAGCUGUCGGUGCACCUGCAGGAGCUGGAGACUGUGGGACUAGACGAGUCGUCGGAGCUCCAAACUCAGAUCUGUAACAGUUUCAAAUCAUUAGUCGUUCAGCUUCAAGAAAUGCUCAAUAAAUGCAAAGGGGAUUCAUUGGAAAUGAAAGAGGGCAAAUUAAAAACACAGCCCGCCUUGUUAGAACACCUCAUCUUCUUUGUCGAGACGAUGUGCAUAGCUUUGUGGAUGGCGAGUAACUGUGCCAAGAUCCUCCGACCGCUGAAGACUAGUCUACAGAAGAAGAAGAAGAAGAAAAAGGAUGCAAACACAGCUCUGCCGGCGGUGGUUUGCGGGUUCCAGGAGCUGACGGGGAGCUUGCAGGACCUGCUCACCCAGAGUCUGGAGCACAUAAAGGGGCAGGAGACCAGCAUUACAGCCCUUAAACUGGCCAGUUUGAGCUUGGAAGGAUUCCCAGAGGAUGAAGCGUCGUUUAUGAAGGCUGCUAUGGACAAGGUGCACAGCAGUUACCUGCGCUCUCUACAGGAGGCGGGAGAUCUGCUCAAGAAGAGAGCAGAGACUAUAAAGAGCCUCAAGAUCUGAACACCAUCACACACACCCCAGAAUAAAGACGACUAUACCCCCCUCCCCCUCUCUCACACACACUCACACACACACGCACACACACACACACACACACACACACACACACACACACACACACACACACACCACCAUCGCCCCCCUGCUCCACCGUCUGUCAGCCCACCAGCUAACCCCCCCAGUCCGCCUGACUCCACCCGCCCGAGCACACAGUCGUUACUGACCUCCUUCCUCUCCUCAUCACUCGGCGUUUGUGAGCUCUCCGCCUGUUUUUCUCUUUUCUGUUCUCUUUUUUUAUUUCUUCAACAAACACCUCGGGAACAUUUGCAACUCUUAUAGCACACGAGCUUGUAAGUAAAAUCAUGAAUUUAUACAGCAGAUAUAAGCAAAACUGAGGGAUAGAGACGCCUCCUUCUAAAAAAAAAAAGAACAUAAAAUAGAGCAAAUUAGGAUCGCAGAUUUAGAGAAUCUAAUAAAUUAUUGUACAUAGAAAAGAGCAACACCUUCGACUACGUGAGAAUAUACGACACAAUAAACCACUAUUCUGUUUCUGCCUUCAUUUUGAUUUCCUGCUGACUCUGAGGACAAUCUCUCACACGGACAUCGGGACUGUUAACGCGGCGAAGGAGGAGGAGGAGGAGGAAUCUGUGGAUGUGCUGCUUUUCAGCGUUUUCCUCUUCGUCUGAAUCACAGCCGGCACCAGUUUACGUCCCGCUGACGGACACACGGACACCUGGAGAGUUCUCUCUUCUUCCUGCUUCCUUUUCUUUUGUUGUUUGUUGUUUUUUCUUUUUUGCUUUGUGUGUUGAUCAAAAGUGGAACCACCUCUGUAGUUGCAGUAUUAUAAAGAGCAGUGGUGGGCGGAGUUAUAAACCAGGACCUUUUUUUUUUUUUAAGAAGUCUGAACAAUCUGCCGCUGUCUUUGUUUUUUUUCUUUCUUCUUUUUAUUACGAGUAGAAGUGAUGCUUGUCCACUUGUCUGAUGUGGAAUCCAGUUAAAAACAAACACGCAGGACGAACCGUAAAUCCUCAAAUAAAGGCCUGGGUUCAAUUAGUGGCCUGGUCCCUUUAUCACCGCCUUUUAUGAGUGAAUGAAGAACAGCGCUCUCAUCCUGACGACACUAAAUCCUACCCACGUUUAUAACGAGCUGGACGGAGAAGAGAAGUCCAAACCAGCUUUCUUCCUGAAGCUAGCUUGCAGAAAGACAACAGUCAUACGUAAUGUCACAGCCCAUAUUUGCAGAGGUUGAGCCCCAGACUGGUUACACCCCCACAACAGUGAUGUCAGAGUAAUAUAUGCAGACUUUAUGUACAGAUAUUUUAUGUUUAGCUCAUCCAGAGGUGGAGAGUUUGAGCAUGACAACAUUUAAAUAACUACUCCAGCGCCAUUUCCUGCUACUACAUCCCUCUCAGGGUCUGGGGCUGUUUGCACUGUUUGUUGGUGGUUCAGGUGUUUUGUGCAAAGAGGCUGAUUUGCUAGAAAAGGGCCUGUUCAUAAGAGAUCAUUUCAAUGUAUUCAAAAAACACAGACGUAUGGAGACACCUUUUGCUCUGCAGCGGGGAGCGUUUGCACCCUGUGAGCGUGCUCUCUGAAUUAGAUGAUGACUUUUUGUCCACAGGUUCAGAACCAUUCGUUCAUCAGACCCCCACUUUGCUAAAUUAUGAACAAUUAUAUUCCCCAGACAGAGUGGACUCUAAUAAAGGCCUGCCUCUAAUACAAGCCUGCUUCAGUUAAAGGCCUGCCUCUAAUAUAAGCCUGCUUCAGUUAAAGGCCUGCCUCUAAUAUAAGCCUGCUUCAUUUAAAGGCCUGCCUCUAAUAUAAGCCUGCUUCAUUUAAAGGCCUGCCUCUAAUAUAAGCCUGCUUCAUUUAAAGGCCUGCCUCUAAUAUAAGCCUGCUUCAUUUAAAGGCCUGCCUCUAAUAUAAGCCUGCUUCAUUUAAAGGCCAGCCUCUAAUACAAGCCUGCUUCAUUUAAAGGCCUGCCUCUAAUACAAGCCUGCUUAAUUUAAAGGCCUGCCUCGAAUUCAAGGUCUGCUUCAUUUAAAGGCCUGCCUCGAAUUCAAGGUCUGCUUCAUUUAAAGGCCUGCCUCUAAUACAAGCCUGCUUCAUUUAAAGGCCUGCCUCUAAUGCAAGCCUGCUUCAUUUAAAGGCCAGCCUCUAAUGCAAGCCUGCUUCAUUUAAAGGCCUGCCUCGAAUUCAAGGUCUGCUUCAUUUAAAGGCCCGCCUCUAAUACAAGCCUGCUUCAUUUAAAGGCCAGCCUCUAAUACAAGCCUGCUUCAUUUAAAGGCCAACCUCUAAUACAAGCCUGCUUCAUUUAAAGGCCUGCCUCUAAUACAAGCCUGCUUCAUUUAAAGGCCAGCCUCUAAUAUAAGCCUGCUUCAUUUAAAGGCCUGCCUCUAAUACAAGCCUGCUUCAUUUAAAGGCCUGCCUCUAAUAUAAGCCUGCUUCAUUUAAAGGCCAGCCUCUAAUACAAGCCUGCUUCAUUUAAAGGCCUGCCACUAAUUCAAGGUCUGCUUCAUUUAAAGGCCUGCCUCUAAUGCAAGCCUGCUUCAUUUAAAGGCCUGCCUCGAAUUCAAGGUCUGCUUCAUUUAAAGGCCUGCCUCUAAUACAAGCCUGCUUCAUUUAAAGGCCUGCCACUAAUUCAAGGUCUGCUUCAUUUAAAGGCCUGCCUCUAAUGCAAGCCUGCUUCAUUUAAAGGCCUGCCUCGAAUUCAAGGUCUGCUUCAUUUAAAGGCCUGCCACUAAUGCAAGCCUGCUUCAUUUAAAGGCCUGCCUCGAAUUCAAGGUCUGCUUCAUUUAAAGGCCUGGUACCUUCUGCAGUAAAAGCAAAUAACGGGCCCGGUUCAUAUUUGAGGAUUUACGGCAUUUAUUUAGUAAUUUAACCAGAGAUGGGAGUACUUUUGAACCUGGACUCCACUUUGACAUACUUCCUGAAUGACUCUUAAACUGAAAAAUGCUCCAGUAGAUUCUCAAAACAGGCUGCGAUGGUGCAGAUUAAUCCCUGUUGGUGAAUAAAACAAUCAAAGUUC